GAAGAAGGUGUGUUUGUCACCAAACACCAGAGCCGUUGCCGAAGACUAUCUUUGGUGUCACCGCGGUCUCUGUUGUUAUGUCUUGAUACUGCUGCUAAUGUUGUUUCUGUAAAUUGAAAAAUAAACGUUUUGAAGGUCAGUAAAUACAUGCAAUAUUGUCAUCCUCAUAGUCGUGACUUAAGUUUUGAAACAAGCAAGAAUCUAGAGGAAUAGUUAUCAGCUGAACUGAGAUCUGCUGCUGUGAAGAUGGUGUUUGUUAAAGAAGAGAACAUGAGUCAACCAGAAACAUGCAGUAUUAAACACGAGGAACCAGAAACCUGCAGAAUAAAACAAGAGGAACCAGAACCCCUGAGGAUAAAACACGAGGAACCAGACACCUGCAGAAUAAAACAAGAACCAGAAACAUGGAGAAUAGAACAUGAGGAACAAGGAGCUAGUGCUCCGUCAUUUUGCAGUACCACCGCGUGUGACGUCACGGAUGGUCUGAUGAAUGUGAAAGAGGAAAGACGAGAUCUGAAUGAAGUGGACAAACUUUGGGAUCAAAAAGAUCAUGAUGUCAAUGAAGAAAAAUCUGUGAAUUGCAGCAGCAUCAAAAUAACAGAAGUCAAAAGCCCUUUCAUAUGCUCUCAGUGUGGAAAGGCUUUCAAACAUAAACAAACCCUUAAGAAGCACAUGUUAAUUCAUAGUGGGGGAAAACCUUUCAGCUGCUCUCAGUGUGGAAAGAGUUUUACACAGAAAAGAGGCCUUGAGGAUCAUCUGCCGGUUCACUCUUCAGUAAAGCCUUUCAGCUGCUCUCAGUGUGGAAGAACUUUCCCAUGUAAAACAAACCUUAAUAAGCAUAUGUUAAUUCAUACUGGGAUAAAGCCUUUCAGCUGCUCUCAGUGUGGAAAGGGUUUUACACAGAAAGGAAACCUUAAGGAACAUUUGGUUAGUCAUACUUCAGAAAAGCCUUUCAGCUGCUCUGAAUGUGGAAAAUCUUUCAAACAUAAGCAAAGCCUUAGGAAUCACAUGAGAAUCCAUAGUGUUGAAAAGCCUUUCAGCUGUCUUCAGUGUGGAAACACUUUCAUGACCAAUGAAAACCUUAAGGAUCACAUGCUAAUUCAUGCUGGAAUAAAGCCUUACACCUGCUCUCUGUGUGGAAAGAGUUUUACACAGAGAGGACACCUUAGAAAUCAUUUGUUAAGUCACAGUUCAGAAAAGCCUUUCAGCUGCUCUCAAUGUGGAAAGUCUUUCAAACAAAAACAAAGCCUUAUGAAUCACAUGAGAAUCCAUAGUGGGGGGGAAACCUUUAAGCUGUUUUUAGUGUGGAAACCCUUUCAUGUGUAGCGAAAACAUCAAGAAGGAGUGUGUGGAAGGAGUUUUACACCGAAAGGAUACCUUGAGACUCACGUUAAGUCAUGCUGGUUAAAAGCCUUUCAGCUACUCUGUGUGGAGAGUCUUUCAAAUAUAAAGGAUACCUUAUGAAACGCAUGAAAAUCCAAAGUGGGGAAAAGCCUUUCAGCAGCUUUCAGCUUUAAACAGGGAUUUGAUCAUCACAUGAGAAUUCACACUACAGAGAUGCCUUACCAGACAAUUCAUAAAAAUUAAAAGCCUCACACCUGACUUGUUUGUGGAAGAUUUAUGUAACUUAAUAUUAAUGUGUACAUUGGUCCCACAUGAUCAGAAAGUGGAAAACUGGCUUAAUUGUCCUAUUUUUCUCAAAUAAUUAUAGCUUGCCAAACUAAAAUAAUUAAUUAAAACUAGACUAUUUAAUAGUCAUGUUGAUUCAAGAUAUCAUUUGUCAUUAUUGUAACACAAAUGUUUAAGUAACAUCACGUUUAAAGUGAUUUCAGAAUGUACAUAUGUCUCUGGUAGCAGAGUUGUGUAAACUGAACUUGCUUAAAGGAAACUCUCUCCAAAUGUACUGUAGACAUUUUCAAAUAUGUGUGUGUAAAUACAAAAAAAAUAAAUAUUGCCAUUUGCAAGUGUUGGUAGUUAA